CCGUGCUAAGGCAAGACCUCAGCCACUUCCUCAUGCAGCUGCAGUGUCGAUAGGAGAGAGUUCAGAGAGACGACACUCCUUAAAAAUCCAUUUCACGUUCCACGGUAUAUUCCAGCAAUGCCCCUUCUGUGGGCUUGAAGACAGGCAUGGAGCUGAGAUUCCUGCUGCUGCUGCUGCUCUGCAUCUCAGGAUUCCAGGCACAAUUGUAUGAUGCCAUGGAGAGCAGAGCGGAGGGGCAGAGUCUCGUCGUUAAGUGUAACUAUGGUUCCUGGUAUUACCGUCCAACACUGAAAACCUGGUGCCAGGUGAGAGGUGAGAUAUGCACUUCCUUAGUUAGCACCUCUUACACAUCAGAUGGAUACCACAACAAGGUUACCUCUGGAAGAGCCACGAUAGAGGAUCACACCGGCAAUGGGAUUGUAACCAUCACCAUGGAGAAGCUGCAGGUGCAGGACUCCGGCGUGUACUGGUGCGCGCGCUAUUACCCGCCCAGUACAGUGUAUCGACUAAUGACAAUUAAACUGGAUGUUUCCAAGGCUACAACUACAAGUGUCGUCCCAGUUACCUCAAGCACAGGUCACACCAGCCUAGUCCUUAGCACCGCUAGUGCUGGGGUCACCCCAGCAGACCGCAGCCUCUUGAGUAAGAGAGACUUCAUCAUCCUUGGUGUGGUCCUGGGAGUCCUCUUCAUCCUGGCGCUUAUAGGCUUGGUGAUAUUGUGCACCCGGAAAUCCAAGCAGCUGAAGACAAGAGGUGAUGGACAAGCUGAAACCAUCUAUGAAGAACCCAGGAAUGACACAGUGGGCUUCAGCAACAUGAACGAUACCAAGGACGACAAACAGGAGAUGCCACAAGACCUAAAAUAUGCCACCUUGGCCUUUCAAUCCAGACCCAGUCCCAGGGAAUCUGUCUACGCCAACAUCACGCCAAGUCGAGCUCUGGAGACACCCCACACCGGGUCCCCCACUGACCCUGUGGAAUACGCCAGCAUUUCACUCAAGCCAUUAGCAUCAGGUGCCAAAUCGUGAUCUCGAGAACCCUGAAUAGCUCAGCAGUGGAGCAGAAGAGACUGAGCUGGAACACUGCUGGGAGGGAAGCAUGUGUGCGUGCUAGAGAAGAAGUCUUUGCUAUAUUCAUAUUUAACAUAUAUUUAAAGACCUGCCUCAGGUCAGAGGCUUGCAGAGAAAUUUAUUACUGGCAACUGGGCAAAACGCAGCUGCUUUUCAAGAAACAGCACAGGAAGAUCAAGAGAACAAAGGAGAAUCCUCAGGCCUCAAGCUGGAGGAAUAUGGACAGGCAUUGUCAUCUGAAACCCACGCAAACAUUGUAUGUGUAAGAUUCUGACUCAGAUGUUACAGGGUUCAGCUUCCCCUUGGGAGAGUGACAGAGAAUGAGCAGGGGGGGAAGGGGAAUAAAUAUACUGAUGAUGUGUGAACUGCAUCAUGUUUUGCUGAAUGUAUCUCAAUACAUAGCUUGAGAGCGUUUGCAAGGGAGCAACGUGUAAGUAUUAAUCACCAUCAUCACGGUUUCUAAUCUAGAAUGACUGUAUGAACCAAGGCCCCAGAACAGCCUUUCAGCUGCAAAAAUGAUAUAUAGCAUACAUAGACACAUAGGGUGAUCAGAUGUCCCGAUUUUAUAGGGACAGUCCCGAUAUUCAAGGCUUUGUCUUAUAUAGGCACCUAUUAACCCCCACCCCCUGUCCCAAUUUUUCACAUUUGCUAUCUGGUCACCCCAUAGACACAUGUUAGUGCAGAAUAGGUCAUGCAAAUGCCUAAGCAGCUCAAGUGCAGUGACCUGCAUGUGCGGGAGGGAGACAGGGACAACAGGAUUUUGGAAUAAAUUAAACGUUGGUUAUCUUGGUGAGGCAUCAGAUCAGGAGCGUCUAUUUAGAAUGAAAAAAUAGAGUGUACGGGCAUGUGGGUGAGGCCUCAGAGCUGCGUGUGUGUUGGGUGCAUGUAUCUCUUCCUUUAUGGGCACAGGUUAAACAGGGCUGCCAUGGCUAAUGACAGUGGUAAGUCUCGAAAGCUGGAUCCUGUGGUGUUCCCAGCUCUAGUGCUGAACUUGUGCUCAGUGUUUGUCCACAGGCUCAGGACAUACAUGCAGUCUCCAAGGCCAGCUUACUGAAAACAGGUAGUCACCUGCCGCAUUCAACGCAUUUAUAGAUGCCUCUUCCACACUGUGUGUUGGCACAGGCCUCUGACUCACCAUCCCACCCCUGAAUGCCCUGAAGGAGUGGCCAGUCAUUCUCCGGCUGAGAAAGCCCUUGAGUUACUCAGCACUUCUGGCUGCAUUGCUGACCUUCCCAGGCUGGCUACUCAAACCAAGGCAACAGGCAGUAGACACAGCACAGGGGAAACCAAGAAAGGAGUGUUUGAGUGAAGAAAAGAGAUGGGACCGCACACAUUCACCCAGAAGAAGGAAGGGCAGGGGAGAAUAGGGGAGUUUUCCGAACAGAAGGGUCCCCCCAUUGCUCUAGCUGAGAGGACAGGCAGCUGAGCAGGUAAGAGGAAGUGCUAGAUGAAGCAGCUAAAUUGCAAGGAAUAUGACGGAGAAAAUAGAGGAAGAAGGAUGAGCACAGAGGGCAGAUUUCAACACAGGCCCGGAAUUAGAGAGGAAGUGGCAACAAUCACUAAGGCUAAAUAGUUAAGGACUCAAGUGCGCUGGGUGACUCAGAGGGUCAUGCUGAGACUCCAAGAAUUUUAAUUUAUAGAUCAGUGGUGCAAAUCUGGACCGGGUGGGUAACGUCCAAGAGCAGAUAGCUGGUCAGUGAGUGAUGUGAAAUGAGUUUGCUGGGUCUUAGCCCAGUUCCCAGUGGACAGAAGUGUCCGCUUCCCAAAGAGUGCUGGCACCAUAUCUGGCUGUCCAAGACAGGUGGCAGAUUGAAUGGGCCUCAACUACCCCUCACUACAAAAGUAGGUCCCUGCUCUCUUGGGGUUGCUGAGGGGAAGCCUACACUACCAAUCUUCUGAGGAUACAUAACUGACUUUGGUUUCCUGGCUAACAAUCAGGCACCUUUCGCCAGCAAUAAAGUAAAUGAAAAAGAAAGCAGAGCCUGAGACCCAGGGCCUGAUUCUCCACCACUUUGCCCCUUGUUCAGCCAUUUUCACUGGUACAAUGCAGGUGGAAAAUGCUACUCAAUCAAAUAGCAACACAAGGUGUGAUCCCUUUGCAUGCACAAGGAGGGGUCAGAAAUAUAACUGAGACAGGAAGCUCUGCAGGGCCUAGGGAUGGGCAGGAUCUUCAAUUAUCAGGAAUGAAGGGAGUAAACUGAUAGCAGGAAUUUGCUGUAAACAGAACAAGUCAAACAAUUUUUAUGAUGGAAAAUAGCCUUUAUUGGUCAACAGGCAUGUUUGUGAAAAAGCAUCCAGUUUUGUUGAAGAUGUUCAUGUUUUCAUGGAAAAACUGGGGGAGUGGAGGGGAGGAACAAUCAAAGAAAAUGUUAAAACAAUUUUGGUGGUUGUUUUAGCAGAGA